AUGAGUACUCCUGUCGGUUACAACACCCCUCAGUCGCAGCAGCACACUUCACAGCAACAGUCACAAAUGGUAAGACCUAUGGGGCACAGUCUUCAAGGCACCACACAGGGUCAUCCUUUACUUUCACGUCUUGAGACACUCAUCCAGACAAUCGGGGAUGCCGGCCAAAGAGAUGAUCUCAAGUUGAAAGCUUUACAGGAAAUAAGCAAUAGUUUUGAAGAAGUGGCAACUACACCAGCUUUCCAAAUAGUGCAGGAAAAUCUGUUACGCACAUUUCUGAAAAUCUUUCAAGAUACUGUACCUCAGUUUAUUGGAGAAAAUAACACGCAGCAGUUAAGAAAAUUGAUACUUGAGCUGAUACUUCGGAUGAACUGCAAUGAAAUCGUUAAACAGUAUGCAAAACUUAUCCUUACUCAACUUACAAAAGUAAUUCAAGUUGAGAAUGAAGAAAAUGCUGUCAUUGCGAUCAAAAUUAUCAGUGAGCAUCAACGUGCAUUUAGGGCUGUCUUUACACCAGAGAUUCCGGCAAUUAUCAAUCAUUUUAAAGCAGUAUAUCGUGAUAUGCCGCAGCAUAUCACCAGUGGACGCAUGUUUGAACAGCGAAAUCUUCGACACUGCGGAAUGGAAGAUAGUGUAAUUGAAUCCUCACUUCAAAACUGUUAUAUGCCGACAAUUGUCUACCUUCCCGAAACUUCGGGAGAUGGUAACCAGCGUGACAGUGGUUAUUCUUUGAUUCCACGCGCUUCGCAGAGUGUAAAGGUUUUGUCAGAAGUGCCCAUGUUUUGUAUUAUAUUGUUCCAAAUUCACCGUCAUCACAUUCAGAAUGAGUUAAUGGAAAUAAUUUCGCUUAUGGUGCAAUACUGUUCACUUUCAAUACCUCACGAUCAGCAAAUUAGUACUUCAUUUAGCACAUUAUUGGCUGAUGAAUUUUAUACUUCCCAAGUGCGAGCACUGACAUUUUUGGGAUUCAUCUCAUCACGUUCCGCUGUGUUCAACGUAAGUGAAGUAGUAAGUAAUCAUGGAACACAAAUAGUUCAAUCGAUAAUGCAAAUGCUGGAACGAUGUCCGCAUGAAAACUAUUCGAUGAGACGUGAACUGAUUGGGACAGUUAAAAAUAUUUUUGUCACUGACCUUCAGACUAAAUUUAUCCCAGUUAUCCCCAAACUCUUUAAUGAGAAUCUCAUGUUAGGCAAUGGAUUCAGUUCGAUGGAUUUUCUAAGACCAACUAUGUAUACAAUGCUAGCAGAUCUUGUGCAUCAUGUACGCGGUCAUCUCUCUUACAAUCUGCUCUGUUGCUCAGUUUAUGCAUUUACAAAAAGUAUGUUUGACCCGGCAAUACAACCUACAGUGCAGUCGAUGUGCAUUAAAUUAAUGAUGAAUCUUAUUGAAUCAUUUGUUAUUACCGAGAAAAAUCAUCCCGAUCAACCGUGCCGUGAUAUAUUAUUUUGUUUGUUGGAAAAUUAUGUACGGAAACUUAAAUGGUUGGCACGAUACCAAGUACCGGUAAUAUUGGAAAAAAAUGCAAGUAAUAUCAUGAAUACACCUUUACUCUAUCCCGAUAGAGGUGUUAGCAUUUCCCAGUCACGCAGUGAUUUUUUUGGAAACAGUAAAAGCAAAGUGGAUGAGGCGGUCAUCCAUAAUAAAGUGAUUAAAGAAGAUCCCACAUCACCCCUUUCCUCAGAAAAUGACUUCGAUUUCAGUACCUGGGAUAAUGAAAACGAAAAAAACAUUCCAUCAUCUUUUUGUCUUCCAGCAUCAACGAAGGCAGGGAAGACAUCAACACCCGAAGAGAUAUUCAUCCAGUACUGGGUUACUGGUAUUCCAUCUUAUACUCUACUGGAAUGCAGAAACAUGAUCCGAGUUCUUGUUCAAGCUUGCAAACAUGCCGUGCACGCUUUAAAGGAUACUCAUGCUACAAAUCAUGUUAAAAAUGAUUUAUUUUCAUUUGAAUUUAUUGAUUUUGGAUUAAAAAUUAAACAUCCAGAUGCAAUAUCGCCAGAUCAUGAAGCAAAAAUAAUUGAGCAGCUCUUCCGUUAUGGUUUGCGAUGCCUUGAUAUAUAUGUCAUCUGCCCAAUGUCAAAUCAAGUUCCAUCGACACAGCAAAGAUUUUCAAAUGGUGUACGCACAAAGGAGGAGAAGGAAGUUCUGGAGCUUUUUGGUUCCAUUUUUACAUUAUUAAAUCCAUCAAUUUUCAAGGAAAUCAUAUCAAGGCGAAUUGAUUAUUUCAUCGAAAGAUUGGCUUCAAAUUAUGGACUUCAAAUUAUAUGUAGUUCACUGCUGGUUAAUUCUUUGACGUCAGCUAAUUUUGGCGAUAUAUUAAUCCGAUUCCUUAUAAAGAAAUUACCAGAUUUGGCUGAAUGUUCGGAAAGGUCUUUCCUCUGGUUGAAACUGUUCAAAAUUGUAUUCUCUUCAGUUGGUUCACAACCUUCAGGAUGCGCAGAGAAUGAACGAAUGCUUCGACCAUAUCUGCAUGAUCUGGUCCUGCAUUCGAUGGAACUAGCAUUGCGAGCACGAGAACCAAUUAAUUAUUUUCUUCUGCUUAGAGCACUUUUCCGCAGACCGGCAGUUAUAUCACAUUGGGUAUGGAUAUUAACUGUUUCUUCUGAAUUGUACCUAAUCGCCUACAUUUUUAGUGUUAAACGUUGCAUGGAAGUCAAAACAUUUAAACGAAUUUCAAUUGGCGGAGGAAGCUACGAUUUGCUUUACCAGACAUUUCUGCCUCUUCUGCCGACACUUCUGCACCAGCUAAAUCGUCUGCAAUCUAGUACUCAUCGGGCGCAAAUGCGUGAAUUAUUUAUUGAAUUAUGUUUAACAGUACCUGUAAGGUUGUCGUCAUUGCUACCUUAUUUACCCUUAUUAAUGGAUCCGUUAGUAUGCGCUCUGAAUGGAAGUAGUAGUCUCAUUCAACAGGGUUUACGAACUUUAGAAUUAUGUGUUGAUAAUUUACAACCUGAUUAUCUCUACGAACAUAUGGCGCCAGUUCGAGCUGAACUGAUACGUGGUUUAUGGCAGUGCAUGGCAAGUCAGGAAAAAAACGCACCACAGAUUGCGUUUAGGAUUUUGGGAAAAUUUGGUGCAUCGAAUCGGAAAAUGUUAACGGAUCCUCAAAACUUGGUAUUUAAAGAGGAGCAUUUGUUCGAAUCACCAGCAUUUCAGUUGGUUUUUGAACGUCCUUCCGCACAGAUUGAAUUCAGUGAAACAUUAUCGGAUGAAACCCAGAGUAGUAAGAAGAACUCUCCGAUUUUCUGUGAACUAAAUAUUUCGGAAGUGGUGAAAGAAUCGGUCAGGCAUUUACGUUCACCAUUUGUAGUCGAUGCGUCCUUUAUUAUGGCAACUGCACAAACGAUUCCGGGUGGGAUACGGAUUUCUUCUUUAACUAUGAGACGUCAUGCAUUUCGAAUAAUCAGAGGAGUGAUUUUGAGCGUUUUGGCACCUACCAAGCGCGGAAUUUUGAGAAAUCCAUCCUUCAAGAAGCACCUUACUACUAAAUUUUUGGAACUGCGUACAAAAGACGAGAGCAGUUUUCAACUAGAUUAUGAGUGUAGCAUUCGAUAUUCACGGUCUCUUUACCUCGAUGCCUUACUCGGACUAUUUUAUGCAACAGCUGCAGUAUUACAAGAAGCAACCAGUAAUGUCAUGGAUUUCUUUUGCAUGGUUAUGCGACAUCUAACAAUUCAGAUUAUUUUUGAACAAUGCCAUGAGAAAAGCGACAAAAUUAUGAAUCGCGAUUCCAACUCAAUGGAUUAUACUAUUCUGAUUGAUAGCGUAUUGCUUGCUUUAACUGAUCCGUGUAAAGAAGUGUGUCAGACUGGCCUUAUGGCACUGAAACUGAUUUGCGAGACAACAGUAACCCUACUUGGUAGUAUGAACAAAGCAGCCAACACUAUAUUUUUUCAACAGAUUUUGGAGCGAGCAACUAAUCUUUGUUAUAACGAGCCGUGGUGUAUUCGUCUUGGUGGAUGCUUAAGCAUCAAAUUUAUUUUAAUAAACUUUCCUCAGGCGUUCGUUAUCAACAAUAUUGAUGUUAUUCUUUGCGCUUUGUUUGAGGUUAUCGUUGGACUAGUGGAGGAUGUUUCCAGUUCAGCUGUCGAUGUUGCGGUUGCUACAUUAGAUUUGUUAUUGAAAAUCUGUUUCGGUCAGCCAUCAGUUCGUGAGAGAAGGAAAGAAGCCAUUGAAUGUGUAGUUGGGCGAAUUAUUGAGAAUCUUUUGAGUCCUUCAUAUAUUCUUAGCAGACAGUGUCAGAAAAUGCUUACGAUGUUAGCAGACUAUACUGGAUUCUCACAGUGCGAAUUGCUUGCAAUGCAAAAUGAGUUAUUAAAGAAGUUCUUAGAAAAUGGUAUGACAAAUUACAAAAGAAUAUCUCUCGAUCAACAAAUUGUCUUCGAGGAUUCUUUUGUUUUCAUUUUUUCUGUUCGACCAGUACCGCUGGAAUUUAUAUUCGACAAAUAUCCAGAAAAUGAUUACGUUUCGCAGCUUCUAUCUAUUUGCAAUGCUACUGGAAAAGAACUAAGGAACAAACCAAAUUAUAAACCUUCAACUCGAUUCCUUGCCAUCAUGCACCAUUCGCAAUUCAAUUCACGCCUCAUCACGUUACGACAGUCAACUAUAAGGGCACUGGUAGCAUGUUGUAUUGCAUCUUGUGGAGAAUUAAAGCAGGCAAUGGAUCAUGAUCCAUUGUUUCCACAUCAUAAGCAAAUAUUCGAAGCGAUUUUAAAAUGUCUUAUGGAAGAAAAUGAGGAGAUUCAAGAUGCUGCAUUCGGCGCAUUGAAAGAAGCGUUGAGCUUAGAUCGAUUGCGAUCACAUUUACUUAAAAUGGAUCUCGGAUCAAUGAUUACCGUUUUAUCUCAAUCUGACAGUCGCUUACAAAAGCACAUCGUUCUGCGUCUGCUUUAUCUCCUACGACUAUUUCCAGAUAUCUUCUCAGAAACAUUUUGUAGCAAUAUGCUGGAUGCUUUUCGGAAAUUUCCGGAUCCUAACCAAAAUGAUGUUGUGGCAAACGAUGUUAAAGUAGGGAGAAUAUUACUAGAGAUUUUGGCCGAAUUUCCUCUUGCUGAUGCUAGUUUUGUACAUUUGAUCAUACCACAUGUUCGUAAGUGGGAAGCAGCUGUCGCUUUUGAGAGCAGCACAAGUUGGCGAUAUCCGCUAAUGAAAUAUUUAACGCGAUUUCCACUGGAAACCCUGCGUUUUUUUGUUAUGAGCAGCAAUAUCUGCGAGCAGGGAAAUCGUGAAUUGUUUAAGUACGUGGUGAAGCAUGAAGAAGCAAUAGCAGUUCAGGAAAAAUUAAUGGCAGACAAUAGUUUUUUACUUCAGUUAUUGCAAGGAGAGGCUAUGAAUGAAGCCGGCGCUUGGACAAAAUGUGACUUAUCAAUCUAUGAUAUGGAAAUGUUAACGAUGAAACUAAUUGUUAGUAUCGGGAAACGUCAUCCAAACUGGGCUGGAAACGGUGCUGGCGAAAUUAUCAAAGUUAUACAGUCAUUGUGGAAUGAUAAGGAUUUCCGCGCUCGGUACACAUGCAAGGAUUAUUUGGAAGGACCGCGUUACGAUGUUCCUAAAUUGGCAGCUCUGAUCAUGUUGCGUUAUUUCAAAGCCAAUAUCGAUCGCAUUGAUAUCCUAUUCGACCUUUGUCAUGUGUUUACGAAUAAUUAUAUUGGUGAUUUCACCUUUGUUAGAUUAUUUAUCGAAAAGGAAAUUAUUCCGAAAUAUCCUAUUGAAUGGCGGCAGAAUGCAUUAAAACGAAUAGUUGCAAUGUUUGAAAAAGAUCCAGCUACAGCUCACGAUUUGAACGUUGUUAAAAUGCUUCAAUAUGUUGUCAUCCCUUCACUACAUUAUGCGUUUGAACGUUACGAUGUUGAUGUAGUGGUUGGUACACCAGCAAAACCAGAUGAUGUGGAUGAUAACAAUUUGAUUUCACUAGUCUGCCAAAAAGUACUCGAUCGAAACAGAUUUCAUAUAAGUGAUGCAAUGCUUAUUCAACUAUUCCAUCUAGGAUGCCUAUUUGUCAGUAAUUGCCCAACUCAUAUACAUGAUUUCUCACAAAAGAAGCAGGGCAAUCGUCUGCGCAUUUUAAUGCUUUUGGGUUGGCCUUGUUUGUCAUCGACACCUCAAGAUCAAACGAUGAAAUACAUGGGUCAUUUGUUGAUUGCUAAUAUUAUCAAUCAAUUUAAUAUUAAUCGAAAGAUCGUUUUGCAGGUUUUUUUAAGUCUGCUUAAAGCAACUCUUAGUGACCCGAAAGAUAUUAUCAAACGUUCACUUGAUAUAUUAACUCCAUCUGUGCCACUACGCAUGGAUGAUGGUCAUAAACAAUUGAUGACUGUUGUUAAGAAAACUAUUGUUGAAGAGGGCCACAAUGUCUCACAAAUUUUUCAUUGUUUAUCAAUGAUAGUUCGUCAUUAUAAAAUCUAUUACAAUGUACGUCACCAAAUGCUCCAAGUUAUACUGAAUGGAGUUCAGCGUUUGAUGUUAGCACAGGGAACGUUGGAAAAUCGACGGAUUGCGAUUGAUGUAUGUGAAAUGGUAAUCAAAUGGGAGCAAUGGCGACUAAAGCAAACGGAAGAAUUGGAAAAAAGAUCAGAAACUAGUAAACAAUCGCAAACUGAGACAACAGGAAAUCCUUCGUUACAUCAGCAGUCUUCGCCUUCAAAUUUAUCGCAAGUGCAAAACAAGGAUGUAGAAAAUAUACACCGACCAAUCGAGAAAGCACACGUGGACCAUGUUGUUAAUAUGCUUGUAAAAUUAUCGUCCGCAGUACCUGACGCAAACCUUACGCAGAAUCCAACUCAGCAUGCUGUAGCGGUGGAACAGUUAUGCAAACGAUGCUUAGGCCUGUUGCGAGCAUGCUUGAAAAGCAAUCUUUGGGGACUUACCGCUAAUCUCAGGCUCUCCUGGUUGGAAAAACAGUUGACAGUCGCUGCAGAGGCUGUAACUCAGCAAUUUCGGGAGCAGACCACAGUUGCUCACCAUUUCUCACAAUUGCACACAUCACUAGAUAUUAUUACACACCUUGUCGUUAUUUUGCCACAAGAAGUUAUUGUUACAAAUGUGAAAAUGUUACAGCGCGGAAUCGUUGCCUGUUUAAAUUGCCAAGAUAAUGCUGUAAUGCGCAGUCUUUGCCAGCUUGUUUCUAAAUUAUUCGAGAAAACGAAGUGCUCACCGGAGGGAUUAGAUGAAUUGGAAACGAUCAAUCAAUUUGUCACAAAAUUCAUUAAUGAUACAUUCACCAAUUAUGAAAAAGGACAAAGCCAGCCAAUGACUGGUGUGUUUGCGACAAUCCAUUUGUUGCGCACUAUAUGCGUUAUUCAACCGGCGUACGUUGAUACAAUGUGUUUGAGUUCAUUCACAAAAGCUGUCCAAAAACUUGUUCGCGAACACGUCUCUUCAUGUACUGAAAAUAAAGGGCAUGCGCUGACUGAGUUAAUAAUUUUUUCACUAGAACUUCUUCGGCCUCGUAUUCAUACAAUACCACCCGAAGCACGGCGCAAUAUCGGGCAGUGCAUUUUGACACCACUUAUAGAUAAAACUCCAUUCGAUCGUGUUCUUGACAUUGUUAUUCGUGUUGUUGACAUUAUGGUGCGUAAUGGCGAUGAGCGGCAGCUGAAUCAAGGUGUUCCUCUUUUAAUAAGGCUUGUGCAAACAAUGGAAGCGCAUAAACGUCAUGAAAAAUCGGGAGAUUUACUGAAGAUACUACUUGAGACGGUCCUUUACGUUUAUGAAACUGCUCAUCUACGAACUAGCGAAACCUUAGCAAAACUUAAUAGUGCUUUUCAUUGGGGGCUUUGUGCUCAGGAUGAAUCAUUGCGUUCUCGGUUUUUCAAAUUAUUUGAUGCCCAAGUACCAAAGAAUAUUUGUGAUCGAUUAUAUCACAUCAUUACAUCGCAGAAUUGGGCUGAUAUGCAGCAGUAUUUUUGGAUCAAACAUUGCAUCAAUCUUUUGCUAUCAUUAAUAAUGGACGAACAGAAGGACAAGAGUGUCACAGGAGCAGAGCAAAUAGUACUACUGAAUUGCUGCACGUUAUGGCGUAAAUUUGAAAAAAUACUUGAUUUGGAAAUAUUACAUGGAGAUCAUCCGGAAGCAUGUGAUGAUGGUGAUUUUCUAUCAUGGACAAUGGACAUAACUGAAAGCAAGCGAGAUGAUUUUAUAGAGACUUCUGGGACUCAGACACUGACAGAAGUAAACAUACCGAUUUGUAGUACAGCAAAUACACAGGAUCUACAGACUACUUUAAUUGUCGAGCAGCAAGUUCAGUUGUUUGAAAUGGCUGCCAAAUUUCAAAUCACUGAUAUUCUUCCAAGUUAUUUGGAACUUGUCUAUAGUAGUAAUGAUUUAGCGUCGAAGAUCUGGAUAAAAUUGUUCUCUUCAUUAUGGUCAAAUCUACAAGAAUUCAAGCAGGCUGCCCUUAGUGCCGAAAUGGUACCAUUUCUAUCAUCUGGAUGUCAUCUUGUACAAAGAGAUCUACCUCAUUCAGCAGUUGCUACUUUUCUAGAAGCUGUAUGUCGCUGUCGACCUCCUAUUCCAAUUCAUCCAAGUGUGCUUAUGUAUAUUUCAAUAAGACAUCGUGCAUGGCAUCGUGGAUUAAUGAUACUUGAAGAUGAGGCAGCGAAAAUUCCUGCAUUCACCAACAACUUAUUUUUGAUUCAAAUUUCACAACCAGCACUCACAAAUAUGCAAAUGACAACGCUGAAUAACUUGAUUCUCUUAUAUUCCAAAUUAUCCGAAUUUGACCAGUAUCAAGCAAUUUGGAAGCGUCGUGCUUAUUUUGAAGAAACUUCGAAAGCUAUUGAAUAUUAUAACGAAGGUGAUUUUGUACGAGCAGAAAAAACUUUAAGGGAGUCGAUUGAGACUAUCAAUGAUCGUAUGGUUGCGCCUUGCGGUACCAGCAGGCAAUUAGAUAUAACUCCUGCGCUUGGAUUCGAGCUACGUGAGUGGCACAGAUUAUGGGCCGAUUGUGAACGUGAACUUGGUGAAUGGGAUGCUUUAUUACAUUUUGGUAAUACUCCUGCUGUAUACGGUCUCGGUAUUGUUGCAGAUGCAGCUUGGCAUCUUAAUGACUGGAACUUGCUUCGAGUUACUCUUACUCAGCUAGAAGGUUGUACACAACCAGACUUGUAUUACAAAUAUUAUCUUUACAAAGCUAUGCUAAUGAAUCAUUAUCCUGUGCAAGAAGAUAGGGGUACGGAAUUACUACAUGUUCGGAUCAACAGGGAAUUAGAGGCAGCACGCGAAGAUUUAAUCAUGGAAUGGAAACGAUUACCAGAAAUUAUUUCUUUCAGUCAUGUCAGCAUACUUCAGGCUGCAAAUCUCAUUCAGGAGGUUCAAGAAGCCAGUGUUCUCACUAAUCAUCCGGAAGUUAGUGGUCAAGUAUCGCUGCCAUCAAAUCCAGUUGGUGAUGUUAAAUCGGUAGUAAAAGCGUGGAGGAGUCGGUCCUAUGCUUUAUCAGAUCCAUUAUCAUUUUGGACCGACAUUCAUCAGUGGCGUAUUCAUCAUUACAAUACUGCCAUCAGACUUCUUCAACAAAUGGAAGAGAACCAAUCGAAUCAGUUUCAACAGGGUUUACUUCCUUUUUAUUCGGCGGCAAAUUCGCAGAUAAUGAUAGCGCGUGCUGCUCGGAAAGCUGGGCUCAUAGACAUUGCUAUUGACAAACUAAGCAGGAUACAUACUCUACCUGCUUUACCAGCAAUGGACGCUUAUUUUUCGGUGAGAGAAUUUUUGAAGUGUUUGGUGCACCGGGCAUCCAUGCCUAGUUUGACAGAAGAACAAAGGCACAGUGCAUUAAUGGAUGCGUUCUCGGUUGUCCAGAAAACUACCAUUAAUGCUUUCACGAAAGAAAAUAUUGCCAAACUUUAUUGCUUGCGUGGAAGGAUCUUGACGAAACUCAAGGAAUAUGAAGAUGCAAAUCAUUCGUAUAAAACCGCAACUUUACUACACGAAAAUGUUGCUGGUGGAAAUUCUGUAUGGUUGCACUGGGCUGAUUUCCUUGAAAGCCGAUUGGAUGCUGAAAACACAGAGGAAGCCGCACUGAAUGCAGGAAUGGAAGCGUUGGUUGGAAUAAUGGAAGGUGCUAGAAUGGAAAAUGAGUUAAGAGCACGGAAAUAUAUUGCACGACUAUUGUGGCUUGUGAAAAAAUUGUCGGUUUAUGGGAAUAGAGCUGAAAAGGAAGUAGACGCAAAGUUGAAAAAGCAUGGCAUUGGUAUAUCGGCGAACAAUUGGCUACCCUGGUUACCGCAAUUGGUUGCUGAAUUACAAUUACGUCCAUCCUUAGCCAUAGCGCAUAUCAUUUCACAUGUUGGUGAAUCAAGCGAACAACAAGUUUUCUAUGCUAUUGCUGCUUCACAGCCGCUUGACUUUAUUCUCGAAAAUGUUUCUACAGCUCUUGACCCUUUGAAGAAUGACCAAAGUGAUCCUGCAACUUCGCAAGAAUUGUUCCGUGAUAUAAUUAGAAAAUUGUGUCAAAGUCGACCUGUCGAAAUAUCGUCUCUUUGUGGUCUGUUGUGCGAACUAAAUAGCAUGAAAGAGCAUUGGUUGGAGCGCACAUUUCAUAAAGUGAACCAGCUGAAAGACCGAUUGUUUGUAUUUGCUCAUAAGAAUCUCGAUUCUUUAACAUCUCUUUCGAUCCCCGAAGAUUUUCUUACGGAAAUCAAAAACUGGCGAUAUUCUUUGAAUGACUUCACUGGAUUCAGAGAAAUCAAUGAGGAUAUAAAAAAAUGUGCUCAAGACAUCGAAUCUGAUUUUGACAUCCAAAAAGGAAGAAACGACAAGUUGACAGAUUUACUAAAAAUUGUUGUGAAAUGGUCAUCAUUGCUGGCUACAAAAUUCGACAAAUUGCCGAGUAAAAAGUUGAUACGAAAUGUCAGUCAAGUUCUUGCAUCUUAUUCAUCUAAAGUUGCAAAUGUUGAAAUUUUUAAUGGAUACUAUGCAAUAAAGAGUAAAGAAUUUUCGUCAAUUAUCUAUCGCUUUAUGCCCUACUAUUUUGUGAUACGAAGAGCUGAUGUCAUUACACGUCGGAUUUCUGUUCGUGCACUUAGUGGGAGAGUAUACUCUUAUUAUUUAACUAAACACCAUGGUGUAAGCAGGGAUGCUUCUGGAAUACAUCAGUUUUUUGCUUUGAUUAACCAUUUUCUUACGAAGGAGAAGGAAACAUGCCGACGAUUUCUACAAAUAGCUGUACCUCAUUUCGCAUAUAUCGGUGACAUAACAUUGUUGGAAUGUACUAAUAAAAUGAAUUCUCUUUAUACGUUUGAAGAAAUUUUAAAUGCGAUAUUAAAAAAUAAAACUGAUAUAUCUUGUUCUGCGAAACUGAUUGAGAGAUUUUAUGACCGUACCACAAAAUCUCCUGAUAUAACAAAUCAGCUUUUGGUUGAUGAGUUUCGUCAUAUGACAUCGGAAAAUAUAUUACCUCCUGAUUCACUUUCGAAAUGGCUCAUCCUUCGUUAUGACGACCCUACGCACUACUACACCCUUCGAAAACAGGUCGCAUUAAACAUGUCCAUGCUUUCCAUUUGUGAGUAUAUUCUUCACCUUAAUCCGGCAACAAUGAGUGGCCUAUGUUUGAAUACGAGGACGGGGCAAAUAAUGAAUGUCGAGUAUCUCUUUGGAUUAAAUUCUCAAACUUUGAAACUUGAAGUUGAUCGAGUAGUACCGUAUCGAAUGUCGCCAAAUUUGCAUAAGUUUCUGGGAUUCUCCGUUGAAGGUCACUAUAAUUGUUCAAUAGUCGCAACAAUUCGGUGUUUACACGCACGGAAGAUUGUCACCUACGCUCAGCUUUUUUUAUGGGAUGCAUUCUCGCGGCAGAGGAAACUACCUGUGGCAGAAAUUUUCAAGUUAGCACGAAAUGCUGGAAAAUUAUUGGAAAACAGAUUGAAUAAUUUGUAUAAAGCAGACAGUUUGGCUGAAUGUGUUGCCCAGUUGACGCAAACAGCUCGUAAAGAUGAAAAUCUAGCACGUUUGGACCCACGCUUGCAUCCAUGGUUCUGA